AUGGUACCGAAUCCAGGUGAUUCAUUGAAUGAGUCAACAUCGGUAACUAACGAAUCCGGAUGUGGGAGCAAACUUGACGACAGAAUGAAUGAGCAGGAUUGGGAAGAAGAAAAGAUGAGUGAGGCCAAAAAUUUGAAAGUAAUUAGUGAUGAACUAAAAGCAAAAGGAUGUCCUCUUUUUGGUGGCAAAUAUUGUGAUAGAUUAUCCAAGGAUAUCAGGAGAAAGGCAGGUGCAUUAGAAGCGCGACUUGAUAACCUCAUUAGUGGACCAGUUACUACUCCAUUUAAGAAUGAUACUCGAAAUGAACUGCGCUUAUUGAUUGCUCAGGGUUUAACAAUCGCUACUUUCAAAGACGAAAUGAAAAAAUAUGAUUUUUCCUUGAAAUGUAAUGCAGUUUGGUCAGCUGAUGCUAUUGCAUAUCGAUGUAACACAUGCGCAUUCAAUCCAUGUAUGUCUUUAUGUAGCAGUUGCUUCAAAAAUUCAAACCAUGAAGGACAUGAUUUUAAUCGUUUCUUUUCACAAGCUGGAGGCGCUUGUGAUUGUGGAAAUGUGGAUGUUUUAAAAGAAUCGGGGUUCUGUUUUCGACAUGGACCAAGUGCACGCCGUCCACCCGUUCCUUCUCCGAAUAUUGUUUCUCUGGGAGAAUUUAUUAUUCCAAAGCUCUUCGUUCGAUUAUUCCUAUGUUUUCGGGGUUGGACGAAACAGUACAAUGCUUGUAAAGAUGGUUCCAGUAAGGAAAGUUUCAGUAAUCAUAUUGUUAAUCGAGCACAUGUUUUGGUUGAACUAAUUCAGGAGUUAGUUGAUUGCGGUGGUCCAAUCCGCGAUGUCAUCAUCAAAAAUUUAUUAGACCCUCAGUUAUAUCACGAUUUGAAUAAGCGCAAUGCCGAUGAUGAUAUCAGAGAGCAUGAUCGAAGUCCUGAUUUUUCCCUGGAUUGGCGGACACGUGGCCUGUUUCUGGAAGAUCUUCGGUCCUUGAAACCAAUUGUCAGUUCAAGUCAGACUAAUGCCUGCUAUGAGCCAGAAUGUUUAUUAGAUGAGUUGAUAUUCUGGAUGGUUCGACUCAUAUUUCCUCAAAUAAUGAUCAAUCUAUGUCUAAGUUUACUGUCGGAUGUCAGCUACAGGGAUGUUUUUGCGAGACAGUUUUUCUCAUUAUAUCUUUGCAUGGCUGAAAUUUUAGUUGAUUUAUCUAAGCGUGAGGAUGAUAGCGCUAUAUAUGCUGUUGGUAGUCGUAUUAUACAUAUUUCUAUACAGAUUCUUUCCAGUGAAGCCCAAUGCCUUAAAUUAGAUGAUGAAAUUAACCUGAAAGAUAAGAUAAUUUCAAGUGCUUACGGUGUUUUAAGAACCGGUGUUCAAAAAUCUACAAUAACGCAAGCGUGUGAAUAUUUCUAUGAAAAUACUCCACCGCCGAUUAGCGACGAUAAACUGUUCAAAUGGCUUGUAUACUCCGUGGGUGAUGCUAAUCAACCGUUACGUAAAGCUUUAUACUGGACGUUUGUUAGUGAUUUACAGAAUUUAUUAACGCAUGGAGAAAUUGCGCGAAGAUUUUUCCGUGACCGGAAAAGCAUGGAAAAUUAUAUGGCUUUAAUAGCACCUAUGCAAGGAAUGAACCUAAAUUAUCGAAUAAUCGUUGGUAAUCAUCUGGAAUAUGACAUCACUCACCCGUAUCAGUUGGCAUUUCAUCUUGAGUGGGAAGUCUCAGCUCUCAAUAUGUUCAAUACUUUAGCUGCAUUGACAGUCGAAGUUGAAUGCAUGAAUAUUUAUCUCCUUCAGUGGAAAACCAUUUUGGAGGAAUGGUUCAACGCUAUUGGUUUGACAAAGAACGAUAUAUGUGUUCAGCCCUACUGCGUAAGUUAUCAUAUUCCGUUGCAUAGGCAUUUAUCCGCUGGUAUUAUGCGCUGUAUCGAAUUACCAGUAUUUAUUUCCUGUUUGGAUAACCUUGUUGACGAUGAAGAGUUUCUUCGUAAAGCUCUGCUCCAUCCAUUGAGAAUACAGGUAUGUCGUGCAGAAACGUCAGCUGGUAUGUGGGCAAGGAACGGUAAUGCGAUGCGAAAUCAAUCAUUUUACUAUGCACAAACGAAUUAUAACAGCGCCUUUAUGGACUGCGAUAUAACAUUGAUCAGAUUUGUAGCAUGCUUUGCUGAUACGGAAUGGUUCAUAAAAGUUGUUACUACGGCUUUUUAUUUGGAUGAUUGCUUGUCGCUUUGUGGUUUCCUUUCAAACGAUACUAUUCUUCCGCAGAAAGGACGCGUUAUCAUACGAAGAGAAUGGGUAGAUUUUUUGGUUGAUGGUAUUUUGAGAUUAUUCCUGGAUGUUGCGGUUGUAAGAUGGAAUAUGUACGGAAAUGUUUCAAAUAAUCUAGAGAAUGAAAUUGUUGCCGCGCUUGCAAUUAGCGAUCUGACGCAUUCGAAAUUGAAAGCAGCUAUUCCUGAAAGAGGAAGUCGACCAUUUGUUGAUGACAAAACAUUUGAUAGUAUAUUAGAAAAGCUAGCAGUGUACUGCGAACCUGAUCAAGGCAGUCAUAUUGAACAAGGAGUUUACAUGUUGACGACAGAGUCUUGGCAAACCCUAUUUGACCCCGUUUUCUGCAGAAUGCGAACAACUACUCCACGCGAAUACAAUGACGCACUGAUGCGCUCUGAAACUAUUGAACGCACUCUAUUGAAAAAUCCAACAUUUAUUCGUUCUGGUGAUCACCUGUGGAUCCCUUAUCGUCUCUGUUCAUUUGAUAACAUUUGGAUGAUGCGUAGUGCGAGAUUUCUCAUUACACCAUCGUUUUUCGGUCUAUUGCAUAAGAUUUUAUAUACUUAUGUUGAGCAUCAGCAACUAAAUGAAGCAAUUUUUCAAACGGCUAUUUAUUUUUUGACGUUAAUGGUCAAGUUUGUUACGUCAGAACAGUUUCCAUGUUUCACUAAAGAAAAGUCGAAAUUACCAUCGUUUGUACAAGAAAUAUUAAGCAGUCAGAGAAAUCCUACUGCUAUUCUGUCAGUGUUCACUGAUUUUGUCGACAUUGGAGGAAGGCAAAUGCCAUCAGUAAUUACACUUCUUUUGAAAUAUUUACGCAGAAUGAACGAUGAAAAUGCUAUCAGUGCAGAACGUGAUCAUUUGCUGGCUGACCAUAUUUCCAGACAACUAAAUCUGGAUCCCUUGCUGCUGGAUUUCAUUUCGGGUUAUGCUAUCGAUUACAUCGGGCGUCUUUUCUGUUUGCUUCACCGCAGUUGUGAAAAAAUACGGGAAGUUUUGGAUCAGUUCAUUAGUGAACAUCAGGUGGAGGUAUUGAAAUUAAAUAAACCUCAGGAAAAGUAUGAUCUUGAUUGUCCCGCAAAGUUGGCUCAUCGAUUAGCUGCAAAACGUCGUCAAGAGGCCUUAUUGGCGGCUCAUCAGAAGAAAAGUGCUAUACUAAUGAAAAAGUUGAUGGCGAUGGAAGGAUUAACGCAAACUCAAAUGGAUGCAAUGGAUACUACAGAAAAUUCGCCAGUGCGACAUUACAGAUGCCCGAUUUGCAAUGAUACAACAGCAAGUACUUUGGCUCAUCCGGUUGGACUAAUGUCUCGCAUAAUUGUUAAUUACGGCCAUAAUUUAAAAACAUGUUUAGCUGUUGAGCAUUCUUUACCUGAAGAUUGUCCAUCAUUAUCACUGAUGGAAAUGGGAGAAAAAGGCAUUCAUACGAAUUGCAUGAUGCUGAAAAUUUUCAGCGCUUCACGUCAAUCUCUUCUUCAAACUCGCUUCCCAAAAUAUGCAGAUCUUAUCCAAGCUCCAACUGGUAUUGAAGUCCGUACGUGUGGUCAUUAUGCACACGUCGAGUGCUACAAGGCUUAUGUUAAAACAUUGCUGGAAAGUCCACCACCGUCGCUUGAUCCGUUGGAAGCGCGAAUCGAAAUUUCAUGUCCUGUAUGCCGUGCACCAGUUCACACUCUACUUCCCCUCGCUCCAGAUACCGGUGUUGCAAGGAUACGACCCGGUGUUUCCUAUCAAAAAAACAAUUAUGCACAACUGGUGAAAGAAGUGGAAAGGCUUAUAGACAGUGAUACUUCCCAUAUACAGGGCAAUGAAGAAACGAAAUUUGUGGCAUAUCAGCAAUUAUUUUUAAAUUUCACCUCAUUAUGUCAUAAAUGGACAGUAUACCGUGGCAAUUUUAGCGAAAGUACACCAAGAAAAGGGCAAAUUUUCGCUUUCGGACUUGCAAAAGGUAAUUUUGAACGAAAUCUUUUAUUGGCCGAAUCGAAUUUUUCCGACAACUGUUAUCGUGAAUUACCGGCAGGUAUAUCAACUUUAUGUUUUUAUAUAAAGGGCAUUUUCAUUGAAUUUGAUCUUCAUUCUUAUGGUUCUUAUGAUGAACAUAUAAUAUAUGGAGCACGUCAUCAAGGUACGAAACGUGAUAUAAAUUUCAUGAUAUAUCAGUGGAGACAUUUAGUGUUCGGGUUCGACCAAAAGCGAUCACCAGUAAAAGAUACUUUAGAGGAUAACUGCGCUCAACAUUUUGCACCAAAUGACUCGGAUAUUCUAGCGUCGUCAACAGUUGAAGCGAAAGUGGCAAAGAUGCAUAUGAAUCAAGAUAUUGAACUAGAGACAGGCACUCCAAUGGUGGUGUUUGAUUUGAAAACAACGCUGGUUCGCAUCAGUAGUUACAUUAUCACCAGUGAUUCCUUAACUAACGAUGAUAAGAAAAGUUUAUUAUCAUUUGUUUACCAGGUAGUUUUGUAUGCAGGGAUUGUUCGCACAGCGAUUGUGGCAGCUUUGCAUAUGCCAUUAUCACAGCUGGAGCAAACAAAAAGCCUAAAAUUAAGUAAUGAGGUAUUUACAUUCGCUGUGAAAGGUGUCAUAAAUAGACUUUUUUCACGCCCUCAUCUGAAAGCAGAAAAUAUUUUGUUGAAAGAUGGGGAUGAAGUGGAUUUCGAAAAAGCUUUUCAUUAUGCUUGUACAGACUUAUCUCGUUUCACUGCACAAUUGUGGCACGAAUGUGGUAUACAUAAAUAUGAUCAGGAACACGGCGUUAGUCGUGCCACGUUUAUGGAAAUUUACAGGUUGCUGACAAAUAGUGGCGAACUUUCCGUGAAAUUCUUACCUCAUGUUCAUAUCGAAAAAUGGGUUGAUGCAGUGCUUCGAUGGAUUAGCUGCAAAAAUUUCGUAGAGGACUUACAUAAAGAACCAUUAUCGUGGCGCAGAUUCAUGCUUCUUACACUGCCGAAAAGUUACGAUGACUUAUUUGCUCGAUUUUUCGGCCUCCCUUGCGUAGCAUGUGGAUUGGUUCCUCGAAUGCCAUUUAUCUGCCUUCUUUGUGGACAACUCUCGUGCUUGGAUGGUUGCUGUACCUCACCAGCCACCGAAACUCUCUCCGCAAAUGAAGUGGAGCGUCACGCACUGACUUGUAGCAGUGGUGUGGGAUGUUUUCUGUCAGUGAAUACCUCAUUGAUUGUGAUAGUUUGUAAUCGAAGGGCAGCACUUUGGGGUUCAGUCUACUUGGACGUCCAUGGAGAGGAAGAUCGUAAUUUAAGACGAGGUAAACCGCUAUUCUUAUCGGAACGUCGCAUCGAAAGAUUGACUGCGGACUGGACAAUGCAAUCAUUUGAACAUUUGGUUGUAAAUUUCUUCAAUUUUGAUGAUUUGAUGUCUUAUCUUCGUGACGCUCAUUAUGUGCUUCAGUAG